AUGGCCGCCCCUGCUGAUGUUACUAUUCAGAACCUGAGUGGGAAAUGGGAGAUGGACUCUGCCUCCAACCCAACAGACCCUAUUCUCUCUCUGCAAGGGGUUGGCUGGCUCACGCGCAAGACACUCUCGUAUGCAACGGUGACAAGCAACGUCCACCAGUACGCCGACAGCGAGAACCCCACUCUCAUCCAUGUCGACGCGCAGCAGGUAAUCACAGGUGGCAUCCAAGGCACCAAGGAAGAGCGCAAGCUGGACUGGGAAGAGCGCGAGCAUGUCGAUCACAUCUUUGGCACGGUGAAGGGUCGAUCGCGCCACAUCGCCGCUGCGAAGAGUGAGGACGGCGCUGUGCGCCCUGUCAUCGAGAUCCAGACCAAGGUCGGCUCGCCUGAGGCUGAUGCCAAGGUGCAGAAGUUCCUGACUGGAGAGAUUCUAAUUGAUGGAUCGAAGAGUGAGGGUUUCCUUGCUGAGGAGGGCGAGGGUGCAUUCUUGCAUAGCUUUGUGAAGAAUGAGUCGGCUGGGUGGACUGCUGAGCAGGUUUGGGGAUUUGAGAUUGUUGAUGGCGAGAGACGUCAUACUCGUCGUGUUGUUGUUACUAAGGGUGGGAAGGUUGCGUCUGCUAGACUUGUUUACACUUUCAAGGGGCGUAGAGGUGACGAGUAA